UUUCCCUUUAUUAUUUUUAUUUCCCAUUUGAAAAAAAAAAACAGAAAUUCAGGAUUUUUCAGUUGAGAACUGAGUUUCUAUUUAAUAAAUUUUGAUCGUUUCAUUUGGUUAAAAUAUCGUUUGAGUGCAUGAUAGAUUGAGGGAGGUUUAGAAUUCAAAUACUAUAGGAGAAAAGGAGUUGUUGAUCGCCGGUGCUAUUCCGGCGAUCAUAUUUCACACCGAUCAAGAUCAUCUGGCGGCAUAAAGCUUAAAUGGGCUUGGAACGUGGGAACAGAAGCCGUAAGCGAUCAAAAUCAAAUGCAAAUGUCAAUGUUAAUGAUGGGAACGGAGCAAGUAAUGUAGAUGUUGUUGAGAAAAAUCCAAAACGUAGUGUUCUGUUUGGAAGCAAUGAAUAUUUGGAGAAGACAGCACCUGCAAAAGAUAGUAAGAAGUCAGAGUUGAAUUCAAAUGCUUCUCCUCCUCCUGCUGCUGCUGCUGUUAAUGAAUCUUCUUCAUCAACUUCACCGCCUGAUGAUGUCUUGCCUUUAGCUGGGAAAAAUUGUAAGGAACCCAGAAGGAGCAGUAGUUCUUUACCAGCAUUAAAAGAUGAAAAAAAGGGGAAUUCGCAGCAUCACGAGUCUUCCAAAUCAAGAGGGUCUGAAAAUAGCUCUAUUGGUCAAUCAAUAACAUUUCCUGUUCCUGAUUUCAUCCCUGAAUCCUAUCAUUUGCACGUAGCUUCGAUGAUGCAAUCUCCUCCAAUGCAAGUGAUGGAACGAUCAAGAGGAGGAGGAGGAGGAGAAGAAUAUGAUCCUUGCAGGAUUCCAUCCGCUAUAUUUGAAACAAACAAGACAAAACCAGUUGAAUGGAGCAAUGCUUCUAACGAGUCUUUGUUUAGCCUUCAAUUAGGAACUAGUUUCUCCAGAGAUCGUCUUUUAUCGAUGGAGUUUAGCAAGCCUGGAGAAGUAGAAUUCCAAUUUAGCCCAUCCCCUUCAGUUCCAGUGGCAGAUGCAGAAAAUAGGAUUUCAGUGGUAAAAUGGCCUUCAAUCCCCAUGGAGGAAACAAGAGAAGAAACUAAUGAAACAAAGAAGAGUGAAAGUUGUGUAGCAGAUGGGACAACCUCCAAGGACGCAACCAUGCCAGAUGUUGUUGAAGAUACAAGCGAGAGAAACAAAAAAACUUUAACUGUUGAAUGGAAAUCCAAAAAAUCAGAUGAAAGUGAAGAAAGCAAUCACCCUUUGGCGUUUCCAGUUUUGGAAGCUGGGGUAAAAACUAAUCCAAAGGGAUUUGCUAAGAGUCAGCCUCUGCAGCCACCACAUCUACCUGAAUCAACACCAACUUCCAAAGCAAUUAUGAAAUCAACUUCUGGUAGCUGUUUUCAUUGCUUUUCAUGUUGUUCAUGGAGUUGUUCUUCAUGUCACUCUUGUAAUUGUUCUUCAUAUCACUCUUGUAGCUGCUCUUCAUGUUGUUCUAAUUGUCACCCCUGUAGUUGUUCUUCCUGUCACACAUGUAGUUGUUCUUCCUGUCACCCUUGUAGUUGUUCUUCCUGUCACCCGUGCGGUUGUUCUUGUAACCCAUGUUUUUCUACUUCAUGUUGCCCAUGUCUUUGUUCUUCGUGUUGUCCGUGUCGUUCUUGUUCUUUUCAUCCUUUCAGUUGUACUUCAUGCGACCCUCGUAACUGCACUUCAUGUCAUCCAAGGAGGAGUUGUUCUUCCUGUUUUCGUCGUUGCUCUUCUUGUUUUUGUUGUUGUUGUGGUUCUUGUAAUCGUUGUUGUCGCUGUUGUUAAGCUUCCUUCCUAUAAAAUUAGGACACCUACAGUAUAGAUUUGCUGCUAUUUUCAUCAUUUCCAGGCUUGUUAAAAUGCAAAUUCCAUUUAUGUAUCUCUGCAUUUGUUUUUAUAUCCUAGCUAGAUCAAAGAAGUUCCACGUAGUGCAGAUUUUCUUUUGUCAA